UUUCUUUUAACUUUUAUGUUUUCAACAAAAUAUAUAUUUUUAUGUAUUUAUAUACUGUGGGAAUAUUAAGUAAUUUUUAUCAUAACGCAUGUUUUUUUUAGGUGGUAUACAGUUUGCCACUGGUGACUAUAGAUGUCCAUAUUGUCAGAGAAUCUAUUCAAAUAAAAGGGGUUUCUGCUUUAGUCAACUUGCCUGUUCAUUAAAUCAAUCUGAUCCAAACCUGAGAGUUCAAUGUGGUAAACAGUCUUUAGGCUAUGGAAAUUUUUAUGUUCAGGAAUCUAUGCAAGCUGAAAGGCCAAAGAAGGGUGUACACUUUCUGGAUGUUGUGCUGAAAUCUGAAUUUGUAGAAGAUGCAGAGAGUAAUGUAUCGUUUGAGUUAUUAAGCAAGAAUUGUUCUCUGUGUGAGAAGACGUUUGAAGAAAAAGAUCUAGAGACACACAUACGGUUAAGUCAUAAUCCCACUGUUUAUAUAAGAGAUGAUGCAACUUUAAAAGAUAGAGAUCCCGAUGAACCGGUCACCUUAAAAACGAAUAAGUCGCAAUUAAAAGAGUGUCAGUUUUGUCAUAGAAACUUUGACCGUAAAUCUACACGGUAUGAAAAUCACAUAGCAAAUUGCAGAGUUCAAAAGGCCCUUGUUAAAUGUAUUUAUUGUGAUAAGACAUUUACAAAAGAGGCAUUUUCUAAACAUAUAUAAAUAUCACAAGUGAUAUUUAUGAAAAUUCUGUUUUACUCUUAAACUUUAUAAUAUUGGAUUUGUUAAGUAUAGUGUUUGAGUUUGAAGGGUGUCAUUUUCAAGUUCAAACUUUCCUGAGAAUUUGACUUCGACCUAUAAACUCUAUUAAAAGUUAAAUUGAUGCUCAGUAUUGAGGUGUAACACUCUGCACUCCCACGUCACAGGUACAGAGUUCUGUCCCCAGACCAGGCAAGGUUGACUCAGCCUUUCAUCUCUUCAGUAUGUUUAUAAAAUGAGCAUCAAUCAUGCUUGGGGAUGAGUUCUGUGUUUGACUGACCAUUAAUCAGAACAUCUGCUCCUGUACUCCAGAGCACAAGGUCAAGAAAACUAGGACGGGCACAGUAGGCCUUAGUCUUCCAUGGGCUGUUGGGCCACUAAAUUUAUUUUAAAAUUUAUAUGAAAUCCUAGGAAAUUAUUAAUAGAAUUACUAAAUAAAUGUUAAUUUCAACUUAUGUAUAUAUUUUUUCUAUGUACAAUAAGAGGUAAAGGUAUCUUUAACUGCAAUAUAAAAAAAAUUGAAUUUUAUGUUAUAACAGUUGAUGAAAUAAAUACUAAACAAAAUAUUGAAAUGGUACAAAACCAUAAAAGAGUUAGAUAUGAAUAUCUUGCAUGUUUACUCUCAAAUAAAUGAACAUUUUAUGUCAAGAAAA